AUGUCCUCCACCACGGACACCGCCAAGUCCAACAACACCAGCCUCCUCUCUAGGAUCUUCCGGCGUGGCUCGAAACUCCCGGCCAAAGAUGCGGCGUCAACCACGUCCCAGGACCCACUCGUGCAUGGCCAGCCCAUGAAGUCGACGUCGAACGAAGAGCACGACUUGGUCAGCGAACUCAUGGCCAAGGCGAACACGAUGGGUGAAGGCGAGUUCAAGGCGUACUUGAAGCAGCACAAGGAAGAAGUUGAGGCAAUGUAUCGGAAGCAGGGAGGCGGGAUUGCGAGCGGGGACUGGGUCAGUCGGGAUUGGGCGACGGAUGCCGGCUAUCCACCAGCUGAGGCUCCAGAACAUCAGACCCUUUUUGAAGAGGCUUUGCAAAUCUCACAACACCUUCAUCACAAGCGAAUGCAUCGUUGCUUCGAACAGCAGUCUCGAAGAAUCAAGCACGCCAGCUUCAAGCAUCAACUUCAUCCAAAGCCUCCCACGCUCGACUCGACGAGCUGGAAGAACUGGAAGACCGCAAGGCUUUGCGAUGUCUUUGUCCAUCACAGUCUCGAAUAA